AUGAACACUCCAGAGGGUGUAACUCCAAACGGCACCUCUUCCAAGGCAGCAGCUCCGAUCGAGGACAAUCAUCCAUCUCCAGCUGAUACAGCUUCGCAGACUGGGAGAGAACAUAGCAUUGGAGGCUAUAAAUCUGUUAGCGGUUUUUUAAGAAGGAAAGGGUCACGAUUCCUCUCCUUAUUCAAGAUACGUAGAAGUAGAAGUAGUGCACAUUCCCGAGAGCCACAGGAAGAGGCACGCCAGACAAGUAUAGGAGGGGCUGCAGGCCAGCCAACUUCUCUCACGAACGGGAAUAGGUCUCUCGGCCCUGGGGGAGAGGGCCGAAGCACUGAGCCACCUUCAGGCACAAGUUCGCUACCAGGACAAAGGGAAUCAAGGGCUGAUUCAAUUCAGCCUCUGGUUGUGAGAAAAGGGCCUAAUAUUUACAACAUACCCCGUGGGCUGAAAACGAUUAGUACUAUCAAACCAUUAGCACCGCUAAACAGCCAACGAAACCACUCUAGUCCCAGUUUAACGCAAAGAAUAUCGGAUAAAAUUUCAAUGUCAUUUUGUCCUCCCACGGUAGUGCAUCGUGCAAACUUACGAGUGCGGCCAGCUAUAAGUCGCUUUUCGGUGGGUACACCACCAUCGGUGCCAUCUACACUACAAAAACUGGGUGACAAUACACAGGAUGACUCGGACUCCUCCGCUUCCCGUCUGAGUGGGAGUGGUACUUCUCACAGGAGCCAAUCUACUAAUCCUACAUCAGAAGGAAGCCCUGUUUCUCUAUUAAAAAGAACAUCUGCGAGCUUGACUGGGAAAGAAAAAGGGACAGUUCCUACAAACUGCGCCCCGUCAGAAACUCAGCAACCACCCUUUGGAGAUACCCCUCCCCUUGUUAAACCCUCCAUUGUUACUGUGGAAUUAACUGUUUCUGCAAAGAUAUUCCUUGAAACCUACUUUGAUGCAUUAUCCUCCAAAGACCCCCCUAGACUGCGCCGUCAACGUGAGUUCGAACAAACAAUAUACUCUUUACCUCUGUCAGAGGAAGAGAGGCAGGCAGCAUGGCAGGCCUGGUAUCGUCAGGAGUCCGACUAUCUUCGCCAGCAUCGUGUUUUAAAGACACAUUCCAAUCGAACGGACCGUAAAAACAGCCCCUUGAUUGCUGGAUACGAAGUUAUCAAGGUCCUAGGGAGGGGUAGCUUUGGUGUUGUUCGCCUAGUUAGAAAGAAAAAUACUAACCCCGAAUCCUCGCCGUCAGUUUCGAAGGGAACGCGGACUUUUCGUCGAAAGGAUGCCGAGAAGAUGAGGAAGAAUGUCUUUGCGAUGAAGGUUAUCCGCAAGUCAGAAAUGCUCUUGAAUUGCCAAGAAGGGCACUUGCGAGCGGAGAGAGAUUUUCUGGUCUCGUCUAAUAAGUCUCAAUGGAUUGUACCGCUGAUUUCGAGCUUCCAGGAUAAACAUAAUCUCUACCUUAUCAUGGAUUACAUGGUAGGUGGCGAUUUUCUUUCUUUGUUAAUGAGAAAGAAUAUUCUAUCAGAAGAAGUCUCGAAGUGGUACGUUGCGGAGAUGAUCCUAUGUAUCGAAGAAGCUCAUCGGCUUUGUUGGAUUCACAGGGACGUUAAACCAGACAAUUUCCUUAUCUCAGCGUCUGGACACUUAAAGAUAUCCGAUUUUGGACUUGCAUUCGAUGGACAUUGGUCUCAUAACGAGACGUAUUUUCACAACCAUCGACAAUCAUUACUAAAGAAACUGGGAAUCAAAGUUGAAGGAGACUCCGAGGAUAAAAAGGCCGCCGCCAAAGCCAAAAAAGCAUAUAAGGUUGCAAAUCUUCCCGAUGGUAAAAAUGGCGAAUCUGUUGAAAGACCGGCUAUGAGACAACCUGGUCCCGGCGAAGAUAUUCUUCGAUGGCGUAAUCGCAAAGAGCGAAGAAAAUUAGCAAUGAGUAUUGUGGGAACAAGUCAAUAUAUGGCGCCCGAGGUUGUUAAUGGGGAUCCGUACGAUGGUAGAUGUGACUGGUGGAGCAUUGGUAUCAUUCUAUUUGAGUGCCUUUUUGGAUUUACGCCUUUCGCCGCAGAUUGCAGAGAAAAUACCAAGAGCCGAAUAUUAGACAAGAACCAUCACAAAUACUUAGAAUUUCCUAAUGAGCGUCCAUCAGACAGGCUGGUUUCUGACGAAGCAGUACAUCUGAUUGGGCAAAUUCUUCAGGAAAAGGAGUGCCGGCUUUCCUCUGAGAAGUAUUUGUUGAAUGAUUAUAUUCAUUCACGGCGAAUACCCGGUGAAAUACUUGAUAAAGCUGCCGACAAGGCAAGCAAGAAUUAUCAAGGCUACUAUGUAUAUCCAGAUGAUGCAACCGAUAUAAAGGACCAUCCAUUCUUUAGGAAUAUCAAUUGGGACGCUAUCCAAUACACCAGGCCACCAUUUGUUCCAAAGAUCAAGAGCUGGGAAGACACAAAAUAUUUCAACAUUUCAGUUGCGGACAGAAAUGAUGACUCGUCCCAAGAUCCUCCAAAUGACCCUGAAGCUGACAUACCUGACGGCGCUGAAUCCCCUCCGAAGCAAAACCAAGCCGUGGGGAACACAUCUAACGUAAAGAAAGUCACAAAGAAGAAGGUCAAGCGGAAAGCCCGUGAUAAAAUCCUGCGCGAUGAAUCAAUGGGAAAGAUUGCUUUGAAUAUUCGGAAGCAGGGGGCAUUUCUGGGAUAUGCUUAUAAUAGACCUAAGGAUGUCAUCAGUGUCUUCGAGUAG